ACUUGAGUGGUGACCCAGCGUUGCCUCGACGCAGUCGCACCGAUCUGGGGCAUUUAACGAGAGUGAGAGUGACAGAGAUUGACGGAGAAGAGGGACGUCGAGGAGAUGAACGGAAUGAAAGCCGUGAAGUCCGCGGCCCUUGGUGGCUACCGCUCGAUCGGCUUGUUCGCAGGCCGUGCGGCUGUGGCGGCCGGCCUGAGGGCGAGCUAUCCGGCCAUCGCGACCGUAUCCGUCGAGGGAGGACCGUCCAUGUCCAUUUGCUCUCUCGAUAAGGGCUCUCAGGAGGCGUCUCCUGUGUCGGCCGUUCAGAAGCCGUGGUGGGAGGAGGAGCAGGAGGUCGUCCCCCUCGAAUCGCUGGAUCCAGCCCCAAGGCUCGUCUUCGGGCCCGUUCCGACGCUGGAGGAGGCCAAGGAGGCGACUUCCGAUCUGGUAGAUACCCUCAAGGAAAUGUAUCCUUCUCUGAUUUUGAGUCAUUCUUCCACGGAAGUUCCUCAUGCGUCGUUCAUGUUUGAAGCUCCAGUAGUUGUUCCAUCUACUCCCAGACAUGUUGCUCAAGCAUUUGCAUUGUUGCAAGGAAACCCUCAAGUCCAGAGUGUGGUAGCUUCAAUUGCCGCUGACAAGAAUGUUUGGGCUGCCGUAAUGAACAACCCAGAUGUUACAGAAUUCUACGAGACUCACAAGUCAAUCGUCUACCCUCCUGAAUCAUCAUGCUUUGUCACUGAGGUGCCCAUGGCUGACGAAGAUCACAAAUCGUCUACUACCAAACCAACUAAAAUUUCACAGUUCAUGAACUUGAUUCAUAGGGCGAAAGAUAAAAUGGUAGAAGUAGUGAUCAACAUAUCCACCUUCAUGCAGGAUUUUCUUGAUCCUAAAAAAGCCGGCAAUGAGCAGGAUAAAUCAUUCUUCAACUCCAGUUUUGGAUCAUCUCUUAUGGCUCUAGCAAUUGCAACAAUUCUGGUGAUCUUGUUUAAGAGAGCAUAGCCUGGCAUCAUCUUCAAGGUCAUCAUCAUCAAUAUAUCUCCAUUAAAUAAAACCGUAAAUUGACACGCUACAUGUAAAACGCACCUUGUCUCUGUGUUUGAAUCUCUCGAAUCAAUAUGCUAUUCUGAAAAGUUUCAGACUACUGUUGCUGGGGUGAAUAUGUAAGAAUUUAUAUAAAUGUCAUGCAUUAAGUGUUUAGUUGCCA